UUCACUUGUCUACAUCUCAUCUAGCUGGUGGUUUGCUUUAAAAAAGAAAAGUGCAUUUCUUUUUCCCCCCUAUGGAUAUGCAUUUAGUACGCUACGCUUCAGCGUUGUUUCCGAGGCUGAAGCUGAUCCUGAAAGGACAAUAGCGUAAAGCUGUCGCGUGCAGCGGGGAUGCGCGAACUUUACAGCGGGUGCUGCGCUAUCAUCCAGUUUAUUGUUGGGGUGAUAUCUAUCAUAUAAGGUUCAUGUUGUAUGUCCUUGGUUAAUAUGGGCCAAUCAGAUCUAGCCAAUGGAACGGAGGACACGGCCUAUGAUGGAAAUCAAGAGACCAGCCUGGGAAAUGACAGCAUGAACACUUACAAGCCAGCUUUUGUGGAUGACAUCACCAAGCACCUGAGUGUCCAAAUAUCUCUCAUCUUAGCAUACUCUCUCAUAAUCCUGCUAGGACUUGUGGGUAACACCCUGGUCAUUUACAUGAUCAUUCUGCACAGAAACAUGCGUACGGUCACCAACUACUUCAUUGCGAACCUGGCCUUGGCCGACCUGAUGGUGGACACGAUGUGUUUGCCUUUCACGCUAGUUUACACGUUGUUGGACGAAUGGAAAUUUGGAGCAGUGAUGUGUCAUAUGGUGCCUUAUGCCCAAGCUCUCAGCGUCCACGUGUCCAUUCUCACCCUAACGGUCAUUGCUCUAGAACGCUACAGGUGUAUCGUCUUCCAUCUUGGCCAGCGCCUCAAUAGGUGCACCAGCUUCAUCAUCAUCGGCCUGACCUGGGCGUUCGCCGCCAUACUGGCUGGCCCGCUGGCGAUUUUCCGAGAGUAUCGCCACGAGGAGAUCCCAUACAUUGACUUGCGGAUUGCGGUUUGCUCAGAGAAAUGGCCCAACGGCACCAAUCGGGACGCUGUCAUUUACAGUUUAUCAAUGCUUCUCCUGCAGUAUGUGGUCCCUUUGGCAAUCAUCAGCUAUGCUUACGUGUGCAUCUGGAUCAAACUGAAGAACCACGUCAGCCCUUCCAACCGCAGCGAUGGCAUCAUCCGCCGGAAGAAGACCACGAAGAUGCUGGCGUUGGUGGUCGUGGUCUUCGCUGUUUGCUGGCUUCCCUUCCACAUGUUUCAGCUGGCUAGCGAUCUCGACUUGAUUCUCAAGUUCAAAGAAUACAAACUUAUUUACACCUUGUUUCACAUCGUUGCGAUGUGCUCGACUUUUGUCAACCCAUUGCUCUAUGGCUGGAUGAACCAGAAUUACAGGAAUGGCUUUCUCAUGUUCUUCCGCUGUGAACACAAACCAGACACCAUCUACCCUGAUGGGUCCUUCAGGACUCGAUCUUUGAGAGGGAUGAUUGUGAAUGGCUACAAUGAUGGUCAGCCUGCAACUGCUGUCUAAUCACGAAGACGCAGUCUUCCUCUGUCUGGAGGAGCCUGCUUAAUGCACAGUAGGGUACAACGGGGCUAAAGGCGCCCCGGGGUUAAAGGCACCUUUGAUAUUAUUUUUCUCUAAAUCACUAGAUGGCAGAAAAACAUGGUGUAGCACUUUCCAAAACAUUCGCUUUUCAAGUCUGAUCCUUGGUGCAAUUGCGGGCAGUGCAAAGUUGAUUCUGUGCUUACUUGAUCUAAUAUUUGAUGUUUUUAAAAUGUUUUAGAUUUAAGUAGCAAAUGAGAAUCGCUAAAAUAAAUUCAUAUAUUUUGAGACAAAUGUCUUGAGAUUUGUUUAAGAUAAUUAAAGCAACAGUUUUUAAAUAACGAAAGAAUAUGUAAAAGUAUGGUAUUUGGGGUAAAAAGUGUCCCUGCUGUUGGGGUUAAAAGGCACAAUAAUUAACAUGAUAAUUAAUAGUUGGCUGACUUUUCCAUUUGUUGACAUGACAUGGUUAGAUUCAGAUGGUAAAUAUCAUAUAUUAUGUGGGGUGUCCAUCUUAGAGAUAAUCAUCAUGUUUAGAAAGAAACCAUUAUAUUUAAAAAUGUGAUAUUAUUCAUAUCAUAUCAUAAAAUAUAAUUUAUUGUUACCACUGUAAAUCUAUAUUGAAAUAUAAUGGGAUCUCCUUCAGUGCUUUCAGAAUCUUUACUUUUUAAAAUGAUUUUGUUUCUGUACUUUAAAAUAUAUUUUUUACAUAUUUUAACGACAGUAUAUUUAUUGAACAAAAAUGUAUUAUUUUAUUUUUCAAGAUAAGCAGAAAAUAGUGCAAACUGCUGAAGUGGUUGUUUUGAACAAGUAUUAACUUAUUAAAAGUUAAAAGUUUAUUAAAGGUUUUGCCCCUUUUGUUUUAAAACAAAAUAAACAACUGAUGAUUUAUUGUCACACAAAAUCUGUUGCUCCAUAAAUGUUCAAUACAAACAUAUAUAUAUUUUUGCAAUUACACAUUUUAGGCUCAGUGAACAGCACAUUUUUUCUUAAGGUGUGCCUUUAGCCCUAUUGUACCCUAUGUGCAUCGGAGUAAAAUAAUGAGAUCAUAAUCAGACUUUUCCCUUUGUUGACAUGACAUGGUUGGGUAAUCACCAUGUUUACAAUGAAACCAUGAUAUGAUAAAAUAUAAUAUUUAUUGUUACUGCUGAAAAGCCAUAUUACAUUAUUAUGAGGAUUUCCGUCAAGAAUAUUUCCCUUUCUAAAUAUUUUUAAAAUUAACAUUAAACUGGCAGGAUAUUUAUUAAACAAAAAUAAAUGUUAUUUAUGAAAACAAACAGAA